GACCCUGUUUCAGUCUGUCAGCUUUAGAUUCACAUUAACAAACACAGUAACACCAAAGCUUGUUCUUAUAAAUAGAGGUCAGUCCUCUGCCAAAUACCCACAAACCAAAAACAUCUUCUUCUCCUUCUAUUUUCAUAUUCUUCAAUCUCUUUUAUACCAUCCAUUAAUCAUGGCUGUUUUCACCUUCGAGGACCAAACCACUUCUCCCGUAGCUCCUGCUACCCUUUACCAAGCUCUUGUGAAAGACGCCGACAACAUCGUCCCAAAGGCGGUUGAUUCCUUCAAGAGUGUCGAAAUCGUUGAGGGAAACGGUGGUCCCGGAACCAUCAAGAAAAUCUCUUUCCUUGAGGAUGGAGAAACAAAGUUUGUGUUGCACAAAAUAGAAACAAUAGACGAGGCAAACUUGGGAUACAGCUACAGCAUUGUUGGAGGUGCUGCUUUGCCAGACACUGCAGAGAAGAUCACAAUCGACACUAAAAUCAGUGAUGGCCCCAACGGAGGAUCACUUAUAAAGCUGAGCAUAUCUUACCACAGCAAAGGAGAUGCACCGCCCAACGAAGAUGAGCUCAAAGCUGGCAAGGCCAAGAGUGAUGCUCUUUUCAAGGUCAUCGAGGCUUACCUUUUGGCCAAUGCUUGAUCGGAACUUGAGUCAUUAGCCACAUCUUUCCUUAUAUUAUAUUAUAUGCAAGAUUCCCUUAAGUUGAUUUUCAAUGUAAUGGUGUUUCCUUUCUUUCCGCCAUCGACGGCAAAGUCACGUUAGGUGUUGAUU